GGGGAGAGAAGUAUAACCUUUUGAUUUGCGUUAGGGUUUUUUUUUCUUUCUUUUUUGGUUACGAAAAUGGAGAGGUGGAAGAAGCCGCCGCCGCCUCGGGCGCGGCGAGGGUAUAGCUGCGACCACCCCUCCUUCUCCUCCACACUCCUCGACGCCAUCUACCGCUCCAUCGACGAGCCCGAGGGCGCCGGCGCGGCGGCGAAGCCCCCGCCGCCGCCCGCCGCCGCGUGGAGGAGCGCCACCGUGCGGGAGCGGGACGCGGCGCCGCGCCGCCCCCAGCAGCAACCGCAGCCGCCGCAGCAGCAGCGCCGCUGCGGCGCGUGGCCGACGUACUCGACCUCGAGCUCGUCCGAGUGCUCCAGCUACGGCGGGUUCUCGUCGUCCGAGGCCGAGUCGUCGGCGCCCGGCUCGGCCCGGCUCAAGCCGAUCCUCCCGGAGAAGAAGAAAUCGAGCUCGAUCCGGAGCCGGAUCCGGGAGUUCCGCAGAUCAUCGAAGGCCCCCGCUUCCCCGGGGGCGCGCCUCGCGAGCUUCCUCAACUCGAUCUUCGCCGCCGCGGCCGGAAACCCUAGGAAGCCCUCCAAGCGCCCCGCCUCCGCCGCCGCCGCGAGCUGCGGCGAAUCGGCCUCGGCGUGCUCCACGGCGUCGUCCUACUCGCGCUCGUGCCUCACCAAGACUCCAUCGACCCGCGGCGGGCUCCCCCCCGCGGCGCCGCCCCCGCCGCCGCCGAAGAGAUCUGUGCGGUUCGGCCCCGUGAGCGUGAUCGUCGACGAGGAGCUCCGCCCCUACGAGAAGAAGCUCCCGUACGACGGCGAUCCUCUACCAAUGGCGAGGAAGAGAGCGGAGGAGAUGGCGCUAGGGUUUCAUAGGGAGGAGGAGGAAGAGGAGGAGGAAGGGGAGAGCGAUUCGAGCUCGGAUCUCUUCGAAUUGGAGAGCUUAACUGUGACGGGUGACGAGCUCCCGGUGUACGAGACCACCAGCUUCCUCACCAAUCGCGCCAUCGCCCAUGGUCUCAUCGUGUAAUUUGAAAACCCAAAAUAAUAAUAAAAAAAACCCCCCCUAAAAAUAGUUAUUAAAAAAAAAAGGGGGGGAUAAAUGAAAAAUAUGGUCGAGGGGAGGGUACGUAGGUAAUUUAGUAAGCGUGUUUCGCGAGUUAACAAGUUUAAUCUGGUGCUUUUAUUAUCAUUAUAUUAUUAUUAUUAUUUUCUUCUUUAUUUUGGUAAUUACUGGACUAAUCUGGUUAUUAAUUAAUUAGCUAAUUAUUCUAUUAGCAUAAUUUUGUUUCUAUAUUAUUACAACUUUUGCAAACAGUAAAACUAGUUAUGCAAAAUAUUAAUUAUUCCGAAACAGAAAAUUGAAUUAAUGGUGUCAUUAAUCUUUUCUAUGGGAUUCCAAUGAUUUCCCGAUUUACUCUUUUGGGACCACCCAGCAAUUUUGCAAGUAUGGUAAUUUUAUUUUUAUUUUCUCAAUUUUUUUCUAAUGGUCAUUCUAAUUUGGUAGACCAUCUCAUUCUGCGGCGGAGGACGAUUUCGUUAAGAAGCGCCUCAACGGGAUCUUAGUGAGACGGUUUGGUGAUUCACUAUUAUGAGUUUGAAUUUUAUAGUUUUUAUUGCUA